CGAUAUUUCUAACGCAUGUUCUUGCCCCGCCCCUUUCUCCAUGGUGACGGCUCGAACGACGGUUCCACGCGCCACUCAUUCGGCCUUCUACUGUUGUGGCAGGCGCGAGCAAUCGAGAGUCGGUUCCUUGACAACCAGAACCGGAGGCGGUGCCGGCUCCAGGGAGGAGGCGAGAGGAAACUCCGGGGCAGGGCUCAGGCUGCGGGGUCGCAGUCACCAACCGCCACCUGCCUCUUUCUCUCCCGUCCCACUCCAUCGGCUAUGGCCUCCUCAGCCGGGGCUGCGCCGGCAGCGGUAACCGGCCCCUCCAUGUUCCGCUGGCUGGAGGUGCUGGAGAAGGAGUUUGACAAGGCCUUCGUGGAUGUGGACCUGCUCCUGGGGGAGAUCGACCCCGACCAGUCCGAGAUUACCUACGAGGGCCGCCAGAAAAUGACGGCGCUUAGCUCCUGCUUCGCACAGCUUUGUCACAAGGCGCAGACCGUCUUCCAGAUCAACCAUAAACUGGAGGCUCAGUUACUGGAUUUGAAAUCAGAGCUAAUCGACACCCAGGCUGAGAAGGCUGUGUUAGAGAAAGAAGUACAUGAUCAACUUCUCCAGCUUCAUGCUGUCCAACUGCAGCUGCAUGCUAAGACUGGGCAGAAUGUUGACUCCAGCUCAAUCAAGGCUAAACUAUCUGUCCUUUCAGUGGAUGAGCUGGAGAAAGAACUAGAAUCCAAUAAAAAAGAAAAAGUGAAGGAAGCAAAGCUAGAAGCUGAUGUGAAACUGCUGAGAAAAGAGAAUGAAGCCUUGCGUCGCCAUAUAGCAGUUCUGCAAGCUGAGGUAUAUGGUGCAAGGCUGGCUGCGAAGUACCUUGAUAAAGAGCUGGCAGGCAGAGUGCAACAAAUCCAGCUGUUGGGUCGAGACAUGAAAGGACCUGCUCAUGACAAACUCUGGAACCAGUUGGAAGCAGAAAUACAUCUUCACAGACAUAAAACUGUUAUUAGGGCAUGUCGAGGGCGCAAUGACCCAAAACGACCUUUGCCCAUGCCACCUGGGCACGAUCCAAAUGUUAUAAGGAAGUCCCAAGGUGUUGGGCCAAUUCGGAAAAUCCUGUUAGUAAAAGAGGAUCAUGAAGGUCUUGGCAUAUCAAUUACAGGUGGCAAGGAGCAUGGAGUUCCAAUUCUAAUAUCAGAAAUCCAUCAAGGUCAACCUGCUGAGCGAUGUGAUGGCCUGCAUGUUGGAGAUGCCAUACUAGCUGUUAAUGGAAUCGAUCUGAGAGAUGCCAAACACAAAGAAGCUGUUACAAUUCUCUCUCAGCAGAGAGGAGAGAUUGAGUUUGAAGUGGUGUAUGUUGCUCCAGAGAUAGACUCUGAUGAUGAAAAUGUGGAUUACGAAGAUGAGACUGGGCACCGAUAUCGCUUAUAUCUUGAUGAGCUGGAAGAAAGCAGAAAUGCAGCUGUUGGCAGAAAUGAUGGCAGUGGUGACGCCAAACCCCUAGCAGUGACAGAACAGAAACCAGUUCUAGAUGCCAUCUUAAAUGGGGAUGCAGGAACAAGCAGUGAAACUGCUUCAGAAGAUGCAACACCGAAACAGAAAGAGUGUGCAGAAUGCUCAUCUUAAAUUGUCCCUAUGUUACUUGAACAUUAAAGUGAUAUUUCUGCACUUGACUGGCAAUACCGAAGGAACAUUGUGUGAAUGUGAUCAACUGUGUAUACCUAUAUUUGAAAAUAAUGUCUAUAAGGGAUCACCAUGAUUAUCUUCUGUGCCUAAGGAGUUCCAAAUAUUGUACACCAUAGAGUUGCAUUAUUAAUGGUUCUGCAUGUAUGAAAAUAUUUUGAUGUGUUAAUUGACCAACACAAGUAAAUUGUUGGGUCUGUAUGUUCUGAUGUUACAGCUAACUUAAGUUUUGAAAUUAGUGGGAGAUUUGGCAUGUACUAGGUGCUAACUUACUAGUUGGUGUCUUUUGAGGUAUUUUCAAACUGCCAGUUGCACUUUCUCCUUGGGGUUUCUUUUGUGCACAAUAUUUGCACAAAAAAAGCACUUUCAUCCUGUUAUAGUUAUGUACUAUCAAUCUAUUCAGUGAUGUUGCUUAUAAAUUAAACCAUAGGCCUUUGGGGAAAAUUUGAUAUUGCAUUUGCUCCUUGUUUUUCAUAUGUGAUUAAUUGGAAAAUCUAUUUUUUUUUCUUGAAGUAUAUGCAGAACUGUUAAUUGGUUUUCCUAAAGGUACAAUAGAACUGUCCUCACCCUUGGCCUUCUCCAUAAAGAAUGUAGUUGCAUUGUACUAAAUGUUGCUAUUAAUGUAGAUAGAAAUUCACAGUUAACAAAUAGUUAAUAUCUACAAAUAGUAAAAGUGUGAUAUCUUAUGUUUAAACUUUACGAUACAGAAAUAAUGAGUCAGUGAGAUAUAGAUUAUUAGGUUGUAUAACUGAAUCUCAUUGAAAGACUAAUUUCUUGAACUACAUUCCUUAAUUCAGCAGGAAGAAUUAUUUAAUGUUACCUUGACAGUUACUUUGUUGUAAGUACUCAAUUCUUAUGUAUCUUCAAUCCAGAAUUGAAAUGCACUAUUUAUAAUGAUCAGGUUAUCCUUUUUAAGGACAUAAAAUAGAACAUCGAGUAAAGUUAAGGUGACCUCGACAUAUUUGAUGUAGGAUCAUUUCUUCAGGUGCAUUGCAUCCUUGGAAGAGAUGCAUGUUGUAUGAACUAGCCUCUACUCAUUGAUCUCUUGCAAUUAGUUAAUAUGACCUAUGAAUUUGGUUUUCAAGUAGUGCAGGUGCAGGAUGAAGUCCAUAUUGCAUUGAAAUUCAAAACAAUUUCCCAUGUGUGCAGACAUGCUUAAGAAUACUUAAUAACAAGAAUUUAGGCUGGGGAAAGCUCACAGUACUAUAACAGAUAGCUAUUUAGGUGGAAAAAAUGGUUUUUAAAACCACAAUAUAGUAGCUGUUGGAAACCUAAAAUAAAAUCAGAAAAUGCAUUAAAUGUUUUGGUCAGGCAGCACUUGAGAGGAGAGAGGAGGGGGUGGGGGUGCAACAAGCUUUGCAUUUCAGUCAAAUUAUUUUUUGUUAGAUGAAAAUAACUUACUUUCUGAACAAAAAACUCCCCAAAAAAAUCCUUGCUUCUCCAGUUUUAUCUAUAUUUACACACUAGAGUUCACACUCUUUCUAUUUAUAUAUUAUAAUGAAAAUAUACUUCACUUUUAUAGUGUAAGUUCAUUCUCAGCAGCGAUUUCCUCACCAUUCUUGUAUAAGCAACUCUAUUGUACAUACAUCUUUAUUGGAUUUUUAACUAUUUAUAAAGUUACAGUUUAUGCUUAUUUUUAUGUCCCUACCCAACCCCUUUCAUUACUUUAAAAUUGUACUGUAAGUGACUGUUGACUGCUAUUACACACUGACAUUUGGGUUUAGUUGCUUGCUGAAGCAGCUUGAAAUUUCUUCCACAUUAUAUCAUCCACUUAUUUUCCAUGAUGAUUUGACUUUUAAAUACCAAAUUCAUUCUCCACUGCUUCUGAAGCCUCAACAGAAAUAGCAAUACAUUUCUAAGCUUGCUGUCUUUUGUCAAUUGAUGACAAUGAGUCACCAUUAGAUAGGUGCACGUAAUUUGAGAUAUAAUAAAUUUGUUGUGCAUCUGUGGGAAUGUAGAUUUUGUUUCUUGCAAUUUCAUUUCCUGUUACAAGUGGCCAAAUAGAAUGCAUAGGAACCUUUGAUGUACCAAGAUCUUAUACUUCUGAUUUCACAAUGUUCAUGAUAACACACGUGGUAGUGGCAUCCUUACUGAGCUGGAAAAUGUCUCAUCUCAGUGUCUCAUUACAGUAUGUACUGGAAUAUUCUUUUACAUAACAACUCAUUUUAAUAUUCUUUAACACCAGUAAUACUGGCAGUGAAUUUCAUUCAUUGAGUGAUCUUUGCUUCUUGCCUCAGCAUAAAAUUCUGGCUUUUUUAGCGAAACAGUGGAGAAAAUGGAAAAGCUCUGUGUAAUUUAUUUCAUAUUCACUUGUUAUAAAGUGUUUAAUGUAUUGUUUACAUUAGUUUAACACUCCAAUAUAUUUAUGGCUUAUAUUCAUUUCCUUUUGAAUUGGGAAGUCUUAAUUUGGAUGAGAAUAUAAUUUUUAUCCAGGUUUUACAUCCAGGUAUAAUUACAGAAAACCAAAAGUAGACUAAAUGGGAAAAAGUGAUUUUCUUUUAAGAUUUUAAAAAUGAAUUAAAUCUUUCAUACCAUGCUGGGGAAGCAAGGGAUGUGGGAGGAUUAGAGGCUGAAAGUUAACUGCAAAUGUGAAUUUGUAGAGGAAGCAUCCAAUUACACAAGUGCAAAAUGGAUGGCAUAUGGGAAUAUUUUCAUUUCUAAUGUUUCUAUUUUUAAACACUUUUUUUUUAGCCUCUGAUUCAUUUAUUUAAUCAACUGGAAACCAUUUACUUUUUAAAUAAUUUUCUUUAUGGUGUCCAUUCAAUGUUUUGAAGAAGAAAACAAAACCAUAGAAAUUGGAGCAAAUUUAAAUGUAACACUGGUCAUGCUAAGUAUUCCGUUCUUCCAUUUUUGGAGAUUUCUGAUCAGUAAUGUGUCCAAUAAUAUUAUAUUGUUUUAUGAGUGUAUAUUGUAUUUCAAGUGCAGUACCUGUAUACAGUAGUGUAGAGCUGGUGGACUAAAAUUACAUCAACAUUCUCUGUUCAUUCUGUGAUCAGCAUUAGCAACACUCUCUGUACAGUUGUGUUGAAAGGCAAGUUGAAUUUUAAUGUUGACACAAAGCUGGCAAAAUUGCCACUACUCUAGUUAUAUUUAAAAAAAAAACUCCCAGGUUAUUUAACUUGCACUGGUUGAAGUGAAGCUACCUGCUGGAAAGUCUACAUUCAAUUAAGCAGCUUCACAUUGGAGUUGCUGUACAAAUUUUCUGUGGAACCAAAGCUGAAAGUGAUUUGUAUCAAUACGAAGGUGCAACAUAACUAACGUAUAAAAGAACUGAGGUGAAAUGUGUUCUCCUUGUCAUAUUCUCAGCAGUUGAUGUCUGAUGUUUUGUUAAUGAAUCAAAGCAAAAUCUACAUUUAUAACAGUGAUGGUGCAGAUAAACUACUGCACGCCAUGAAAACCAUGGCAAAAGUAUCUGAAGUGUGGAUUCUAAUUUUAUGAUAUUAUGGAUGUACUUGAGACUUGUACAAAAUAAUUUGUAGACAUUUGUAUUCCAGUUCAAAUGUCACUGGAGAAUGAAGGACAGAUGACUGUACAUCGUUCUACUUCAAAUGGCUUGAUUUCCAGUGUCAUCUAUAUGAAAAUAUUCCUUAAGUGUUUCAUCCUGAAAGUUCAAAAUGAAUCUUCUCUCAUUUAUUAUUGAGUACAUAAAAUUACAAUACAAAAAAAGGUCAACCUAAUUGAUGUGCUGGCCAAAUGCUAUGAUUAGUUCUCAACUAUAUUUGACCCUUAGUGGCAGAAUGAAUUUCAGGGACAUCUUGUAAUAUUGCUUUCUCCCUCAAUAUUCCUUUUUUGUUCCGUAGGGGAUGGUUAAAUUAUUGAUGUUUAUGAAUAUAAUACAUAAUAUAUGCAUCUGUAUAAUGAGAUGAAAUAUUGUUUAUGAAUAUUGGUACAUAAAAGUCAACACGUUUCCUUAUACUCAAAACAGCAGCUAGUAAAAUUAGUUAUGUAAUGGCAAAUGUAUUUUUUUAAAAAAUGCCUUUGUAUGAAAGUUUUUUUUCCUUUAAAUGUGAAGCAGGUUUUGUCCAUAAAGGUUCAUUGGAAGAUAAAAAGCAGGAGCAUUGAAAUUAUUUGUGUUAACAGUUUAAUUUUGCUCAUCUAGAUGAGGGAAGUUUAUACUUGUUACUUAAUUGAUUAUGGACUUAUUUUCCAGUUUGUGUAUCAACCAUUUGAUUCUAAACUAGAGGCAUUUUCUGUCCUGUUAACUACAUCAAAAACUCAUCAGAGGAGGCAUUAAGGUUAUAAAUCAUUUGACAUUGAAAGGUAUUUCUAAAAAGAGAAUCAACAUAUAAUAAGAUGUCUGCUAUUAGCACUGUAUUGUUUGUAGGGUUUACCUUCUAUUUUAAUUUUUAAUGCAUUAUGAUAACCUUUUGCUUUCUUGAAUUAUUGAGAAACAGUAUGACAAUUAGGAGUUUCAGUUCAGAGCUAUUAUCAGCAGAUUUCCCUUUUUUCUUGGUGCUAUUUUAGAGUUGUGAGCGGGCGGUGGGUUCAAGGUGUGUAAUAACAUCUCUCUGAACAGGUUGAUUAGAAAAAUAGGCUGAAUAAAAAAUUUUUAUACAGCUA